CUGAGAUGCUGGGGCCAAAGUUCCCCUGGCUGCUCUGGGCCUACACAUGCUGCUGCAGCACUGUUUUUUGUGGGAGGGUGGUGGUCUGGCCCACCGAUGCCAGUCACUUGAUCAAUGUGAAAGUGCUUCUGCAAGAGCUCGUCCUCCGGGGCCAUGAAGUGACUAUACUGGUGCCCUCAAGCAAUCUGCUCAUCAACUACCAGGACACCUCCUCCCCUUUCACUUUUGAGGUCCUGCAAGUCCCCUUCAGCCAGGAGACCCUGGAUGCCUUCAUGGAAGACUUCCUCAAUUUCUGGAUGAAUGAAGCCUUUAACCUCUUCCCCUGGGAGAUCAUGUGGACGGUGAAAGAGCAAUUGGAAGUCUUUACCAAUAUGUCAAAGCAGACCUGUGACACCUUGGUGAUGAACCAUCACCUGGUAGCAAAGCUGCAGCAGGCCAAGUUUGAUGUUCUGAUCGCUGACCCCCUUCUGUAGGUGGGGAGCUUGUAGCAGAAAUCCUAGAGAUCCCUUUUGUCUACAGCUUCCGCUUCUCAGAGGGGAAUGUGGUAGAGCGGCUGUGCGGUGGGCUCCCAUCCCCACCUUCCUAUGUGCCUGCCAGCACAAUGGGGCUGACACACCACAUGUCCUUUAUGGAAAGACUACAGAACUUCAUCUUUUACAUUUUCACGGAUUUAUUUUUCAUGAAGUUUUGGCGAGAUGAAUGGGAUGGGUA